UAAUUUUACAGAGUGAAGUCAGAAAGUUCCGCUGCACCUGCAGCACCAAGCACAAGCAGCACAACUACGGACACGACAUUGAUUACCCAUUUUAAGAGAUGCCAUCUGAAGGUGGAAAAGAAAAAGCAGGCCAUGUCAAAGAAAAAAGAGGACAGUCUUCUUUACAAGUCACAUCUGCAGCACCAAGCACAGACAGUGCAAUUAAGAACACACUGGGGAUCACCCCUUCUAAACAGCAAGCAGAGACAGAGAUGCUGCCUAGUGGUGGAAAAGGUCCUGCUCAGAAAAAAAGAAGAAUGUCUUCAUUCCAAGGAGCUUGGAAGAUGUUAUUUGAUUGGGUGAUGGAAAGUACUCAUGGUCCAAAGUAUGCCUUUUGUAAAGUCUGUAAGAGUAACUUUACUAUUACCCAUGGAGGGCGCAAUGAUCUUCAGAGGCAUAUGGAUAGAGACAAACACAAGAUGAAUUCAAAGCAUGCUGCUUCUGAAAGGAAAGAAAUUGGGGUGGUGACUACCCAAGCUCAGCAAACCAGCUGGGCUUUGAUAAUGGCAAAAUCUGAAGUGGCAUUUGUCAGCCUGCUUGCAGAACACAACCUACCCUUUACUCUUGGGGAUCAGCUGCUGAAAUACAUAAAAAAAUACUGUACUGAUCUUGAAGUGGUAAUGAAGAUAAGCUGUGGAGCAACUAAAGCUAUAUGCAUUGCACAAGAUGUCUCGGGCCCAGAGUGUGAGGAAGAUGUGGCAACAGUUUGUCGGAAGCAGCCUUAUUGCAUUUACUUGGAUCAAAGCACUGAUAUGAAAGAGAAUAAACUCCUUGUGAUAUUGGUGGGAUAUUUUGACCAGGUAAGUGGUCAAGUUGUUGUUCGGUUCUUAGACAUGCCUAUUUGUGCGACUGGAACAGGUGAAGCAAUAUACAACUGCCUUAUAGAAACUCUCCAGCGAUUCAACAUUUCAGCAAGUAACAUGGCUGCAUACUCAUCAGACUACUCUGAGGUCAUGGUUGAUGAACUCGAUUCUGUACUAUCACGAUUAAAGCAGCUCAAUCCUGAUCUCUUCAGUGUGGGCUCUCUGUGCCAUAUAGCAGACCUAUGCAUCAAAUCAGGUGUGAAACAAAUGGCAUUACCUGUAGAAGAGUUAAUAGCUGACAUUCAUUGCCACUUUUCAAGUAACACACCACAGCAACAGAAGCUGAAAGAAUUUGCAUUAUUUGUUGUCACUGAACCACCUCCAAUUAUUCAUUGUGCCCGCACUCCUUGGCUGAGUCUAUCCAAAAUCAUAAAAAGAAUGCUGGACCUGUGGCCUGUACUUUUGUCAUACUUCUGGUCAUUUGAGCUCCGUUCAAAAAAAGUAAACCUAAUAACACAGAGGCUGAACAGUCAUGAUAUAAAACUGGUAUUCCUUUUCCUGAAGGAUGCUGUAGAGCCUCUCCUUACAUUCAGUGCACAGUUGCAGGCCAGAGACAUCCAGUUUAUAAGUCUGUACAGUGAUAUCAUAAAACUUGUGCAGGUGUAUGCAAGCAGGUUGUUGAAGCCAGCUGCAGCUAAAGAAUUUGUGGAGACUGUUUGUCUUAACAGUAGUUGUCUUCUUAAGGAUGACAAUAAUAUUAUGCAGCAGAUUCAUGUUGGGGCUGAUGUUGCAACAUAUUUGAAUGAAAAUGGCAAUGACAUUGCUGGUACUGCAGUUGAACACACCUUCUAUAAGAAGGUAAAAGCAUUUUAUGUUGCAGUCCUUCUGGAAAUGAAAAAGAAUUUACCUUUUGGUGAUUCUCUACUGCAAAACAUUGGCAGUUUUUUGGACCCUUCCUUGAAAUUACAGCUUGAAAUUACAGUUGUAGAGAACAUUGGAACUCAUUUUGGGAUUUGCAAAUCAAGGGUGGAUUGGAGCCAACUUAUAGAUGAAUUUGCCAUGUACCAAAUCACUGACUUCAAGUGGCCGCAACAUCAGCAUAACAACAACUUUGAAACUGAUAUGUGUUUUCUCAAGUAUUGGUCAGCAGUCCUACAAAGUCCUGUAAUGGAAGAAAUGCCUGUCUUAAAGCGACUCAUACUAACACUCCUUUGUUUACCACAUUUGAACAAUGAGCCACAACGAGCAUUCAGCGUGGUCCAAAAUAUUAAAACAGAAUUGAGACCGUCAUUAAAUGUCAAAACACUCAAUUCAUUACUAGCAAUGAAAAUGAAUAAAGACAAUGACUGCUGUUCUAUGGAGCAAACAUAGAUCUGUUGGUGAUUACUAGACUAACUUUCCAGGGGGAUGCUUUUAAGCCUAGCCGUUAUUCAGGCUACAAAAAAAGGCAGCUGCAGCUUACAACAAAAAUGUAUCCACCAGGCCGUGCAGUCCUCCUGACUGAAGGCAAAGAUGCAGCAGUCCUGUUGUGAGAGCAGCAAACAUGGGCUACAAUAGUAUUUAUUUUAUUUUUUAUAAAACAUUUGCAUUAUAUAUUUCAUUUUUAUACCAGUUUACUUUUUACUUGUCUGUUGGCAAAGUUUAA